UAACCUCACAGGUUUAACUCAGUGAAAAAUAAUCCAAACAUCCCUCAGCAGCUGCUGCUGCGCACACAUUCAGCGCCACCAGAGGGGCGGGGUUUCAGAAAAUCUCAUUUUCGUGCCUGCGAGUCCAAACCGAGGAACACAAACCCCAGAAUUAAUCAAAACGAUCAAUAAAUCGCCCUCAUCGGGCAUUGUAGGUCUAGCUUUCUCUUUGGAUACGAAUAUCUCAUUUCAGCCCCGCCCAUCUGUGCUAGCUUGACGAAACUCGCGCGCGCCUCCGCUUGGAAAGAAAAAAAAAGUCCAGCAGCACUCGAGCUCAUCAUCCACAGGAGCGAUCGUUUCUGGGCGAGGCGACUGUUGAGGAUCGCAGUGAACGUGGUUUUGCUGCAGCAGAUCCAGGUAAAGGAAGCAGUUUGCUUUGUGCUGCAGGUCGAUGACUAUGGAAAUGAAAGUCAAACAGGAGGACAAAGACGUUACAUUCAGCAACUCUGACACUAAUGGUAAGCGCCCUGCUGAGGACAUGGACGAGGAGCAGGCCUUCAAACGUUCCCGCAACGCAGACGAGAUGGUGGAGCUGCGUGUGCUGCUUCAGAGCAAAAAUGCUGGGGCUGUUAUUGGAAAGGGGGGAAAGAACAUAAAAGCACUGCGCACAGACUACAAUGCCAGUGUAUCAGUCCCAGACAGCAGUGGCCCAGAGCGAAUCCUCAGCGUGAGCGCCGGCAUCGAUACUAUCGGAGAGAUUUUGCUGAAAAUAAUACCAACUUUAGAAGAGUACCAACAUUACAGCGGGAUCGACUUCGACUGUGAGCUUCGUCUGUUGAUCCACCAGAGCUUGGCAGGUGGAAUCAUCGGGGUGAAAGGCGCCAAAAUAAAGGAACUGAGAGAGAACACCCAGACCACCAUCAAGUUGUUCCAGGAGUGCUGUCCACACUCCACUGACAGAGUUGUCCUGGUGGGAGGAAAGCCAGAACGUGUGGUUGAAUGCAUCAAAGUCAUCCUGGAGCUGGUGUCUGAGACGACCAUCAAAGGCCGCUCCCAGCCGUACGACCCCAACUUCUACGAUGAGACGUACGACUACGGCGGCUUCACCAUGCUCUUCGAGGAGAGGGGGAGGCGGCCCAUGGGCGGGUUCCCCAUCCGCGUGCGGGGUGGGUUUGAGCGCAUGCCCCCGCCGCGGGGCAGCAGACCUCCACCUCCCUCCAGACGAGAUUACGACGACUUGAGUCCCCGCAGAGGCCCCCCACCGCCACUCAGCAGAGGGUUACGGGGCGGUAGCCGGGCACGCAACCUGCCCCUUCCUCCACCGCCGCCACCAAGAGGGGGAGACCGGUUCUCUCACGGCAGCUAUCAUAGCAGCUUGGAUGACAGACCAAGUGACAGGAGAAGCCGAGGAGACCGUUACGACAGCAUGAGUGGAGACCGAUAUGGUAGUAGAGGCUCCUACAGUGAUAUUGGAGGCCCGGUCAUCACAACACAAGUCACCAUCCCAAAAGAUCUGGCGGGCUCCAUCAUCGGUAAGGGCGGUCAGAGGAUCAAGCAGAUCCGUCACGAGUCCGGAGCAUCCAUCAAGAUCGACGAACCACUAGAGGGCUCUGAGGACCGUAUCAUCACCAUCACGGGGACACAGGACCAGAUCCAAAACGCCCAGUACUUGCUGCAGAACAGUGUGAGGCAGUACUCCGGUCGCUUCUUCUAGAAGACAAACGGGAGGACGUAAAGAAGAGUGAAGCCAUGCUUUCUGCUCCCUCUAUUCAGAGCCAACAUUCCUCUGCUUUGAGUGGACGUCCCUCCUCCCCUCCCGUCACACGGCAUCACCUGUGUUUACGUCGCAGUUUUUACUGAAAAUCAGUUGUUGUGUUGGUGCGACUAUUUCGCUUUUUUUUUUUUUUUUCUAAGACUCUCGUGCCAUCUGAAGCCCUGGACCUUUGCUCCUACGUCACAGAGCAGCAUGCAGAAUGUAAUUAUUUUCCUCAGAAUAUUUUGUGGUACCCCUCUCUUUUAUUUUUGAGCUAUUUCAAUCAAGUUGCAUGUUUAUAGAAAGUUUUUUUUCCCCCAGUAUAAAGUGUUCAUUUGCAAAAAGAAAAAAAAGUUUGAUUUGCUUUUUCACACAAAAUUUAGCAUUAAAAUACUGGUCAGAUUGACUGUUACCAUAGAAACAUGGACUGUGUAUCACGUUAGCUGGAUUUAGGAUUGCUAACUUCACAUUAUAAUAAAGAGUUGGCCUUUAUAGUUGUAAAAGGAUGCAGUAGAGACCAGUCUGAAACACCUUUUUUUACUACUUGCCUUAUUUUUGUAUAUCAAAACGGAUUGGGUCAGCACAGAUUUGUUCAUUUUAACAAAUCCUUUCUUUUUUUCAAGAAAAAAAUGUGUGGUCCAAACCCAACAAUCAAAUUGGCAGAACGACUGUAACAUAAUGUACAUUUACUCCUGACUCUUUACCACUGUGUUGUCAUUAAAUAUAAUCAGACUAGCUGGUUCCAGUGUUUUUAGUACCAGCUAGAAUCAUUUCAAAUAAAUGCGCCAGACUGUUAUGGCAAGAAGAACAAAAAAAAAAGUUGUAUAAAGUGUGUAUAUAUUUUCAUUAAAGUUUUGUGAGUUGUUAGAAUGUCCCACAGGAUUUUUUGAAACAGCAAAAGAAGUGUAUUUUUUGCUUCUCUUUGUACGGUGGCCUUGAGCUUCCAGUAUAGCAGAACCAAAAAAAAAAACCUAAAAUAAAAUAACUGGAAAAAAAAAUACAGCAAUGGGAAAAUUUGUGUGUUUCUUUAGUGUAAAGUUUACUGAAUUGUAUAUUUUCUUUGAUCUUUUAGAGACAAAUUUGCUGUAUUGAAUAUUUGUUAAUUGAAAAGUCUUAUUUUGAAAGGAUUUGAAGACAGCAGCUGGUGUUUUCUGUGAUAUCUGUAGUAGCUGCAGGUGUUCCGUCAAUAAAAGUCCGUGUUGUA